UAAAUGUGGUAUAACAAUGUCACACAGAAAUAAGCUGCACAUAUUCUUUUUUAAAAAUUUGUACGGCACACAGGAACUCGUUAGUCGGACGAUUGUUCAAGGGGAGUUGUUUAAAUUGAUACAUCUAGCUUGAGAUGGUUGUGCUGCUAUGGAAACCAAAAGCCGCUGAAGACGUAGCUAGCGUUAGCUAACAGACGAGAGUCCAAUGUAUUAGCAUUAGCUAGUUUUAAACAGAUUUGUUUGCUUGUUAAUUCAUAAAACCAUUGAAUCAUUUUUCUUGGUUAAAUUAAAAUGAACGCCGACCGCUUCACGUUAACAGUUGAUGAAUACCUGGCCGAGAAGAACGUGCUGUUCUACCUGGAAGAUGCAGUCCACCAGCUGCUGGACCACAAGGAGGAGUAUGUCCAGUUCGGGAUCGUUCGAUACUUUGCCGAGUACUUCGGCAGCGUGAGGAGCGGGAACCACGUCCUGUUCAGGGAGUUCGCCUACGUCAAGGCCACGCCCCACAACAGGGCCUCCUUCGUCCGCGUCUUCUGGAGGAGCUUCAGGCAGAUCGGCAAGAACGGAGAUCUGCUGGCCAUGAUGGAGUACAGCUCCCUCCUGCAGCUGCUCUGCCCCGACUUUCCAGUGGAGAUGGUGCAGAAGGCAGCAAGGAUCGUGCUGAUGGACGACGCCAUGGACUGCCCCAUGUCCUUCGCGGACUUCCUCUACGCCUUUCAGGUCCAGUUCUACUUCGAAGAGUUUCUGGGGAGCGUCGCCGUGAUUUACCGCGACCUGCUCUCCGGGAAGAGCCCCAACACGGUGAUCGUGCCCACCUCUUCCCCUGUGGAACGGCUCCCCCACCUGGCCGCCGACGACACUGCGGCGCAGGAGGGCGUGGACUCCGCUCUCUUCUGCUCGUACCUCGAGGCCCUGUGCGAGAGAUACAAGCACAACCACCCCUCUACAGACGGCAUCAGAGAGAUCCUCCAGAGCGCGCAGCGCGUGACCUUCUACGGCUUCGUGAUGGCCCUGGCCAAGCACGAGGGGAUCAGUCAGGACAUCGGUUCCCUCCCAAAUAAAGCAGACCUGCUGGUGGACCCUGCCAUGGACCAGGAGUUGGAGAAACUCAUCGCCCAGCUCUCGCUAAGCCCCGCCCCCCACAGCGGCAGCAGCGGGCCGGGGCAGAAGGAGCCGCCCCGGAAGGCCUCGCCGCGCAAGUCCCUCCAUCACCGCAAGCGCAUCGAGAUGGAGAGCGACGGCUCCACCGAGGAGACCGACUCCUCAGAGAACUAGGCCCCGCCCUCGCUCCGCCCCUCUCUGCCCCGCCCCGCCCCUCCCCGAGCCAGACAGCGGUCCUGAGCCUAUCUGGGUCAGCCCCGGACUCUGAUUAGCAUGCACAGAACAGAGCCGAGCUUAUACAGCGCCGGAGAGCGCAAGCUACGGGAUACGUCAGAGCUUUGUACUGAGCGCAUCUGACCUGCAAUGACAAAUAUUCACAGUUCUGUGAAUAUAUUAGCUCAUAUAUUUUACAUUUAUAUAACAAUGAAACGGUUUGUUCCUAAUGUAUGCCUGAUGUAUAUAGUGUAUAGAAUUAUGAUCCAUACCAAAAAUAAAGGUGUGCUUCUGGGUGUGCAGCACUGCUUGUCAGAUACACCCUGUUAGCAGUAGAGGGCGCUGUCAGUACAGGUUUAUGUUUUUUUUAAAAAUGUAAUGCUCUUACCUUAACUUGCCAUCUUACAAUAAAUAAGGAAACUAGAAGGUUAGGAAAUGUAUGGUUUGUCAGUUUGGGCAAAUCGACGGGGAAAAUUAAACGGAGCUGUGGUAACUUUCAGAGACUGCGUACACUGAGUCACUCCUAAUAUAGCCCACAAGAAACAGUGUUAGCAGAAUCAAGGCAGGCAAUGCUGGUGUAAUCUGUAGGGCCUGUAGGACGCUUAGGCCUGAUUUAUACUUUGUCGCACGACUCUUUUGACAAGUGUCGCGUGACAAAAAUGACGUAUUUUCAAUGAAAAAAGUGUCGCACAACACUCUCUUUCAGUCACAGAACUUCAUACUUUGUCGCACAGUGUUGAUUGGACUGCCAAAUGGAACACCGAAAUGCGUCGUCAUGGAUACGUCAUUAUUUUUGGUUUAUCUGAGUGACAGACGCCUAACUUUUUCUGUUUGCAUCAUUUUUAAAACAAAAGUGGAUAUAAAAAAAUUUUCCUCUAUUUCUCUGUAAUUUCACCGGGCACAGCAAUGUUUUCACAGACGCAAAGAUCAUCAGUUCGGCGUCUUGUUACCA